GACUCCGUUUGCAAGCAUCGAGAGCUAAAAGGCAAGAACAUCUUACAAAGGCAGAGAAAAUGAAUAGCUUUAGCUCGAAAUGCUUGGGCUCAUUGCUUUUUGCUCUUCUGGCUAUGAGUUGUAUGGAAGUUCAAGGUCAGUCCUGCAGACCGAGCGGCAGAAUCAGAGGGAAGAAUCCCCCUCCUGGACAAUGCAACACCGGGGACGACUCGGACUGUUGCAAAAACGGCCAGAUGUACCCGAUUUACAAGUGUUCGCCACCGGUGUCAGGCCACACGAGGGCCCAUCUCACUCUGAACAGCUUCGCGAAGGGCGGAGAUGGAGGUGGCCCAUCCGAGUGCGACAACCACUACCAUUCUGAUGACACGCCUGUCGUGGCACUAUCCACGGGGUGGUUUGAUAACAUGAGCAGGUGUCAUAGGAACAUAAAGAUCUACGGCAAUGGGAGGAGCACCCAGGCCAUGGUGGUAGACGAAUGCGACUCGACUAUGGGAUGCGAUGAAGAGCAUGAUUACCAACCUCCAUGCGAUAACGACAUCGUCGAUGCGUCUAGAGCUGUGUGGGAGGCCCUGGGGGUGUCUAAGGACAAUUGGGGUUGGCUUGACAUUACAUGGUCCGACUCCUGCAGACCGAGUGGCAGAAUCAGAGGGAAGAAUCCCCCUCCUGGACAAUGCAACACCGGGGACGAUUCGGACUGUUGCAAAAACGGCCAGAUGUACCCGAUUUACAAGUGUUCGCCGCCGGUGUUGGGCCACACCAGGGCCCACCUCACCCUGAAUAGCUUCGCGAAGGGCGGAGAUGGAGGUGGACCAUCCGAGUGUGACAACCACUACCAUUCUGAUGACACGCCUGUCGUGGCACUAUCCACGGGGUGGUUUGAUAACAUGAGCAGGUGUCUCAGGAACAUAACGAUCUACGGCAACGGGAGGAGCGCCCAGGCCAUGGUGGUGGACGAAUGCGACUCGACUAUGGGAUGCGAUGAAGAGCAUGAUUACCAACCUCCAUGCGAUAACGACAUCGUCGAUGCAUCCAGAGCUGUGUGGGAGGCCCUGGGGGUGCCUAAGGACAAUUGGGGCUGGCUCGACAUUACAUGGUCCGAUGCCUAG